CCCUCUAUUAUUACCUGCCUUUCAAAUACAAUCUUCGCCCCCAACCAAACAACUGAAAAGUGAAAACCGAACAAAUCAGCUCGGCCGGUUAGCCGGGAGAUGAGAAGCACCGCCACUCUUCUCAUGCUUAGCUCCUCCGUUUCCACCACUCCUCCACCUCUUCCCAAACACACUCUACCUACUACUAACCCUAAACAACCCUCCAAACAAUCAAAACCACCACCACCCCCAUCCUCCUCGUCUUCUUCUCACUCUCACCGUCCUCCUCUCCUAUCCACUUUCAGGUGGGGGGAACAUCGCCAGAGCCACAAUCGGAUCAACUACUAUGCCGAACUAGCUUCGAAGAUCGUGGAAGAUGGCAGGUUCGAGGAUUUUUUCAUGAUUGUGGAGACGGUUACUAGCGGCGGCGGUAGUUCUGCCUUGAAGCCUGUCGAAUUUGCAGCACUGUUGAAUUCGGAGCUUGUUUCUAAGGGGAUUUUGAGUGUGAUUGAGAGCGAUGGGGGCGUGAGGAAUCUGAUCAAAGUGUUAACCGGUUUUCAGAAAUUAGGGAUUGGUGGUGCUGGUGCAGUGGAAGUUUUUCUGUUCGACAGAUCUGUUAUGGAGGCAAUUGGUCGAGAAUCCAUGAGGAUUUUGAAAUGUGGUGGUGUGGAGGAGGUUGUUGAUCUCAUGGAAACGCUGUCUGGAUUUCAUAUAUCUAUCGAAAAUGUUGUGGAACCAAUUGAGGUUAUACGAAACUGUGUCAACAAAAGAAAUCCACAUGCGGCCAUAAGAUACUCGGGUUUGUGUACCCACUCUGAUGAGAUAUUCUGUACUGCAAUUCAUGAAUUCGGAAAGAGAGGAGAUAUGGCAUCUGCACUAACUGUUUUUGAAGCAUCCAAACAUAAUCUGGGUCGUGUAAAUAUGUAUGCUUAUCGCACAAUCAUAGAUGUAUGUGGUCUUUGUUGUGACCAUUUGCAAUCUAGGUCCAUAUACGAGGAGUUAAGUGCUGAAAACAUCAACCCAAAUCUGUAUGUAUUCAACAGUCUUAUGAAUGUAAAUGCCAGUGACCUGAGCUACACGAUGAAUAUAUACGAACAUAUGCAAAAUGUGGGCGUUACUCCAGAUAUGGCUUCAUACAAUAUCCUUCUAAAAUCAUGCUGCCUUGCUGCUAGAGUUGAUUUGGCCCAGGAAAUUUACAGUGAGGUAGAGUGCAUGGAAUCAACAGGAACAUUGAAGUUGGAUGUCUUCACAUACAGCACAAUGAUUAAGGUAUUUGCAGAUGCAAGAAUGUGGGAGAUGGCACUGGGAAUGAAACAAAAAAUGCUUGAAGCGGGUGUGACUCCAAAUGCAGUUACAUGGUCAUCAUUAAUCAGUGCAUGUGCAAAAGCAGGUCUAGUAGAUGAAGCAUUUGUAUUAUUUGAAGAAAUGAUGGUAUCCAAUUGCAUGCCAAAUUCACAAUGCUUCAACGUCUUGUUAUACGCAUGUGUCAAGGCUUUCCAGUAUGACAGAGCCUUCCGUUUAUUUGAGUCAUGGAAAAAGAAUGAAUAUGGAAACAUCACAAACAGACAAAAUCUGUCACAAGGGAGUUUGGAAGUUUCCAUGAAGGUUCCUUUUAGACCCACCACUUCUACUUAUAAUGUGCUCAUCAAAGCUUGUGGCACUGAUGACUUUCGUGCAAGAGGUUUAAUGGAUGAGAUGAGGACAGCUGGCAUUUUCCCUAAUCAUAUAACUUGGUCCACUUUGAUUGGUGUUUAUGGAGGUUCUGGGGAUGUCAAGCGUGCUGUACAGAUUUUGAAAACCAUGCGUAACUCUGGUGUCCAGCCUGAUGUUGUUGCGUUUACAGCAGCUAUUAAGGUUUGUGUAAAACAGAGGGAAUUGAAUUUGGCAUUUUCAUUGUUUGCAGAGAUGCAGAAAUAUCAAGUACAACCAAAUAUGGUUACAUAUAACACACUUCUGAGAGCACGUACCAGAUAUGGUUCCCUAGAAGAAGUGCAACAAUGUUUAUCUAUUUAUCAACACAUGCGUAAAGCAGGGUUUAAACCCAAUGAUUACUAUCUGAAGGAACUGAUAGAGGAAUGGUGUGAAGGGAUAAUACAAGAUAACCAUCGGCCACAAAACUCUAACAACAGAAGAGAUUUAGGAGGACCUCAAAGUUUACUUCUUGAGAAAGUUGCAUCACACUUGCAAAGGGGUAACACAGAUGCCCAAUCUAUAGCUGUUGAUGUUCGAGGCCUCACAAAGGUUGAAGCACGGAUUGUUGUCCUAGCAGUUUUGCGCAUGAUAAAAGAAAACUACCAUUCAGGUGAAUUGGUAAGAGAUGACAUGUUGAUAAUACUGGGAGUACAUGAAGUAGGUGAUAAACAUGAAUUUGAUGUAAAGGAUACAAUAAUCAAACUUGUAAGAGAUAAUUUAGGUCUUGAGAUUGUCUCAUUAGGACCAAAAAUCCCGAGUGAGAUAAUAAGAAUAAAUGUGGAGAAUCCAUUCCAUCCAAAUCCCGACUUAUUAUUAUUAGAUAAAACCCUCCGCCCCCCAAACAGAAGACCAGCAGUUUUUCAGAGGUUGAAGGUCACAAGAAGGUCCUUGUAUCAUUGGUUACAAAAGAAAAUCAAAUCAUAAAUUUUUGUUCAUAAUUAAUUGGUCCCUCAAUGUACUUGUAAUAAUUUGUAACACUACUCUAUAAUCCAAUUUAUUGAAUAUAAAUAAAAAGUCAUCUAUCAUA